UCACCUCAUCUCAUCCCAUUCCGCAGGUUCACCGACCGCAACAUGGGCACCCCCUACAUCCAAUCCAUGUAAGCCUCCCUCCUCUCCCUCCCGCUUUCCCCCAUACUCACCGACCCCCCUCGCCACAUUUACCCCCACUCACUCCCAUAGGUUCGUCUACGACUGUAUCUGGGCCUUCGCGCACAUCUGGCGCUCCCUCCUGGACUCCCAAACCCCUCUCUCCUCAAUCGCAGCCGGAAACUACUCCAAGAACCUGACGGCGUUGCUGGGAAGCGUAGAAGGGUUCCUGGGCGCGACGGGGCCGGUGUUUUUUGAUUCGGAGACGCUCUCGAGGGAUGGGUAGGGUUUCCUCGUUUAUCAUUUCACGUUGCGAUGAGUGUGGGAGCUGGACUGAUAUCAUCUUGUUGGGGCAGGACGUAUCAGGUGUCGAACAUGCGAGACGGGACCGCUACCGUGCUCGGCAACGGGACGGUGAGAGAUACGACGUUGGUGCUGCAGACACAGGCUACGUUCCGGGACGGGACGCAUAACGUUCCUGCUGACGCUCCGGGUACGUAUUCAUUCAACAUCUCAACCAUGUCCCCCUUCAUGACGGUCCUGCACUCCCGCGUCGCCUUCCAAGUCUCCCAAUCGGGCGCGAUGUUCACCCUAGUGGCGCUCGGCACGCUGCUGGUAUCGCUGUUAAUUGCGUUCUGGUUUAGUGUGAGGCUGCAGUUUCGGGAUAAGGUUAGGGCAAAAUGGCCGUCGAGGGUGAGGAAGGAGCUUGUUCGCGGGAAUUUGACCAACUACCUCUCCCUCCUGUUCGUCGCCGUGGAAACCGUCCAACUCUGCGAAUUCGCUUUCCACGUCAUCCCGCAAUGGGACACCGUCGCGCGCGGAGCCACCUUCCUCGCGGGCAACUUCAGCGUCGCAUGGACGUUCUGGGUGUUCGGUUCCGCUAUCCUCCUCUGGAACAUCUUCACCCUGCUCAUCCUCUCCAACAUCGCUCAGCGGAUAAACCAGAGUUCCAUCGGUCAUAUUCUGUUGUACCCCGCUGAGGCGUUGUUGCCGUUGUUGGGGACGGUGGGCUAUGUGCCUGCGACGACGACCCUGUUGGCGCCGUUGGGGUGCAGGUAUACGCCUGCGGUGGCAAGGAUGAGCGCGUUGUGCGAGGUGGAGUGUUGGACGAGUGCGAGGCAUUGGUCCAUGAGUAUUAUCGGCGCCGUCUUGAUCGACUUGUUUGUGCCGAUGAAUUUGGUGACGAGGGUGGUGUGGCAGGAUAUUGGCAAGAAUGAGAUCAAAUGGGACGGACUCUUCUUCGCCACCGACCACCUCAUCAAGUUCCUACUCGUUCUCUGGCAAGCCUUCCUCCAAGACUCCAACAAAACACUCUAUCUCGGCGGCAUCUUCGUCGUCAACCUCCUCUUCGCCAUCGGCGUAUUCCUCACUAAGCCCUGCAACGUCCCCUGGAUGCCCCUCUACCGCUCCCUCGCCUCCCUGCUCGCCUCCUGGGUAGCCUUGAUCGGCUGGAUCUUCGCCGGCAUGUCGCUUAACCCGGACUAUGUGGUCCCCAUCACGAUCGCGGGGUGGGUGGUGAUUAUUGUGGGCGGGUUGUAUGUGAGCCAUCGGAUGUACCCGGCGAAGUUUAUCAAGGAACGACGGCGGACUAUUGGCGCGAUCUUCAAGCUUUUUAGGGCUUUCAAGUAAUGUGCAAGGGGAAGCGAUGGGGAAUCUUGGAGCUUUAGGAUUCAUGCUGAUGGUUUGAGUUUGGGUAGUGCCGCGAAAUCAGGCUC